AAUCAAAGCCGUUGACACUUCUUGAUAGUUCCUAAAUCGAAGUUGGUGAAUGUGAACUGCCAAUUGCCAAAAGGAUGCUUUCGUGGGGACUGCGCAGCAAUGCAUCCAUCUUCAAAUGAAUACAUUCCCCCCUCCCUUUUCUGUUGACUAAUUUUCACCCUCACAGCCUCAGCUCAACGCAUACACCCAGAAAAGCCCUUCAUCCCCCGCGUCGCCCAUUGAAGAAAUUAAGCAGCCGGAACCUCCCACCACAAGACAAGUCAUUCAUUUCUUCACAGUUCACAUGGUUUAUCCAAAGGUGAAAGUGAGGGAGCAGGAACAAGAUGAUCAAUCUGCUGAACAGGACAUUGAUUCUUCUGAGACGGAAUAUCUAGAAGACUCAUCCCAUAUCAUUGCAAAAAUCCCAAAGACUUAUGUGCCAAACUUACCCACACCUAAGAUUUCGGUAUCCAAAGGUGCAAUUUCUUCUAUGCCAUGUUAUUCAUUGCAAAGGAAGAAGGAAAAGAAAGCUGAUGAGGAUGAUAAAUCAAAUAUCAGGGCUAGUUCAGUCCCACGACCGCGUGCUGUCUUAUCCAGUCCUGAAAACGAUGGGAUGAUUGGAAAUCAAAACAGGACUAAAGCAGAACGUCUGUCAGCUUUGAAUGAUCAUAAUAUGGUUCCAAACAGGCAUGCAAAGUGCAAAGUUAUCCGAAAAGUUAAUGACAAAAAUCCUUUGAAGACAUUAAGAGAAACCAAGGAGGCUGCUAAUAAUAAGGACAAUGGUAAAGGAAAAAAAGUGUCACAUAUAGCCUUCUCAUCUAAAAAAGAUCCAUAAGAGAAGGAUAAUCAAGCUCUGACCAUUUAAUACUAAAGUCUCACUUUGAGGGAAUUGUAAAGAUGCAGAGGGUUUCUUUUGUCAAAUAAUUCAUGCUCUGCUGCUGCAGCAUGUUUUACGUGAAAAUUUGUAAUGUGUAUGAUUUCGGAAGUUCUUGAUCUGGUCAAUGUAACAACAGUGCUUGCUCUUUGAACUCUGUUGUCCUUAUGAUAGAAUCAGGUUUUGUGGCUACAUUUAUGUAAAAUGAUUGAUUUAUUUUCCCAUUAUGAAUAUGCCUAAAUGGUUUCUGGUCUU